GCACGUGUGAUGCAGCUGUGCACAGAAGGCUGGCCCGAACACGGUCCAAAUGAACCGGCACUCAGGCUGUACAGAGCAGAGCAGGCGUUCCUUACAGUUCACGACGGAAUCUUACUGAAGGGACAGAGACUCGUCAUACCCCCAACCAUGAGAAAUGAUGUCCUCGCCAAACUGCAUGAAGGUCACCAAGGCGUGGUAAAGUGUAGACAGCGAGCACAGCGAUCAGUAUGGUGGCCCGGGCUGAGCCAACAGCUGAACGAGUUGGUUCUCAACUGCCGAACAUGCUGCAAGGAGAGACGGAACCGGAGGGAGCCAAUGAUUCCAUCACCCUACCCGGGCCGACCAUGGGAGAAGUUGGGUGCAGAUCUGUUCGUGCUCGGAGGCAAGACCUACUUGCUAGUUGUGGACUACAUGUCAAGGUACGUGGAGAUAGCUUCGUUGGCCUCCUCAAAAUCGGAUGAGGUAAUUCGCCACCUUAAGUCGAUCUAUGCACGCCACGGGAUCCCCGACCUUCUAGUUUCGGAUGGAGGGCCCCAGUUCUCCGGAACGGGCUUCAGGGCUUUCGCGGAGUCCUACGGGUUCCGUCACAUUACAAGUAGCCCACGAUAUCCACAAGGAAAUGCCGAGGCAGAACGUGCCGUUCAGACAGUCAAAGGCCUCUUGAAAAAGGCAGAUGACCCCUACCUGGCCUUACUCGCAUACAGGGCUACCCCUCUUGAAAACGGGUACAGUCCGGCUCAGCUUCUCAUGGGGAGGAGACUCCGCACAACGGUGCCUGUCCUUCCUGCCCUGCUCGACCCAGCCGUCCCGGACCGUGAUGCCGUUGUACGGAGUGAACGGGAGAAGAGGACAAAAGAUGCUCAACGUUACAAUAUGCGGCAUCGGGCACAGAACCUCGUCAGACUCGACCCGGGACAGGAUGUGUGGAUUAAGGACCAAGGAGCGGAAGGAGCCAUCAUUGAAAGACAUGCUUCCCCACGAUCAUAUCUGGUGGAGGGGCCCCAUGGGACCAUCAGACGAAACCGUCGUCAUCUCAUCCCAAUGAGGUCCUCGCCUGAGCAGAGUGACCGUGGUGCAGCGGAACAGUUCUCGGGAAGCGUUCCAGGAAAACCAUCGGCUGAACCACCGCAGCAGAACCUUCCAGACCCGCUAGCUACUCCAAAUACCAAGACCAGGUUUGGAAGAGUCGUGGUGAAACCAACCAGGUUGGACUUAUAAGCCCCCCCCCCUUCCUCCUACGGUUUCGGUACAAUCAAUGAGGCUGUGCUUGUAAGGUUGUUUGAAUUAUUUAAAAAAAAAAAAAAAAAAGGGAGCGUAGCGGGGGAGGUGUAUGGUGCGAUGUGUUUGAAUGUGCUGUUUUGUUCGCUCUACGAUGGCUAGCUGGUUGCAGAUCAUAUGUGUGUUGGAGCCAUUGUUGAAAAUAAGAAUGACAUUUGUUUUUGUGCAUGUGAUUUUUUGACACAGGCUGAGAUAGGAGCAGACCUCUCAACUACGAGGCAGAAUAAUCCUCAAGGUCUGUUGAAUCAUUGGCAGUCUACCCAAUGAUUCUAGAAAAGGGAGAUGUGGUGUAAUUGUGUACAGCAUGACGAUAGUCGCUGGACGACUACGUCAUGAGUGUGCGCCGAGAGCGGGAGACGAGAGAGUGAUUCGAGAGAGUAUACACGUUUCGAAAAAGCUCAAUAAAGUUACCCACGUUAACACGA